UGUGUCAGCUGAUCCACGUGGACAUUUAUUUCAGUGUGAUGGGAUCUCUGUGACACAGUAAAAAUGGACAAAGCYUUGGGUCUGGCUCUGCUCCUGAUGCUGUUUCUCUGCCACAGAGGAGGUUCUGACUGGCAGAACGUCUGUCCAUACAGAUGUCAGUGUUUCACUCAGGUCCAGGUGUUGUGUGCGAAUGAGCAGAUGUCAUAUAUGCCUGAAAUCUCUGGAGARGUCAAAGAAGUCAUUAUCAUGACAUCAUCGGUGGCGUACCUGUUCGCACACACACUGCACGAGAGUCCACAGCUUACCAAGCUCAUCUUCCUGAACAACGCACUGAGAAGUGUUCACGCCAAGGCGUUUGAGCAUCUGACUGAGCUGCGGGAGCUGGAGAUCAGCGGGAAUCCCUGGCUGGAWCAUUUAUACAUGGGAACUUUCUCAAAGCAGGAAAACUUGAUGAAGCUGCUGCUCAAUUAUAACGGGUUGAAGGUGAUUCUACCUGGCAUGUUUGGGUCCCUGGAACAGCUGGAAACACUGCAGAUGAAGAACAACUUCAUAUCAGAUCUGCCCUCCUUUCUUUUCCUGAACCUUACUAAACUGCGUGUCCUGGACCUGUCCCAAAAUAAACUUGCCGCGGUGACAAAAGAGACUUUCUCUGGUCUGGUGAGGUUAGAGAUUCUGAAAGUGAACAACAACCUCAUUAGCAACCUCACAUCUGACACCUUUCAUAAUGUUUCUCAUGUCACUGAGCUUCACUUAGAGGGAAACAAAUUAGAACAGCUUAAUGAUGGCGUCUUUUUUGGCUUAACAAAUUUAACUGUGUUGAACCUACGAGGAAAUCUCCUGAAAACCUUCGGUGAUAAAGUCUUUGGAUUUGAGCCAUCAAACUUAAAGGAGCUGAAUUUAAAAAGCAACAGACUGGCUGAGCUGUCAUCUCUGAGCAGUCUAACCUCACUGACUCACCUGAUCUUGUCAGAUAACCUGCUUUCCAACCUCACAGAAAACAUUUUCAGAAAUAUUAGUGCCCUGGAAAACCUGGACCUGUCUGGGAACCAGCUCACCUCUCUCCCUGAAGCUAUCUUUAAAAACCUUUUAAACAUGGUAGAAAUCCAGCUUCAUAACAACAGUCUGACAAAGGUGGAGGCCAAACUGUUUGAGGACCAGGUACUUCUUCAGAGGCUCUACCUGUUUGACAACCAGCUAGUAAUGCUCCCUGUGGGUCUUCUGGACUCGUUUAUCUUCCAUCCCACCGUGAGGCUGCAUGGAAACCCCUGGACAUGUGACUGCCACCUGUGGUACCUGCAUGACUGGGUGCUGCAGAACAGUCAGGGUGUAGACAUGCUGGACAGGAUGGCGUGUGGAAGCCCAGACUUUCUGAGACAACGCACUCUCGUUUCCAUUCAUAAGGAUCAGUUGGUGUGCUACCCAUCUGAGGACAAGAUGCCCCAGCUCAAAUCCUGCAGCCUUCAAGUAUCUAACAACACCUUGACCGUCAGGUGUAAAGUGGAGAAAUGCUCGCCAAUGAUGGUGAGGGUACAGUUUCAGGAGGAUAACGGACACACUGUGGAGCAUAUUGUGAAAACUGAGGCUGAAGAUUCUCAUUGUAGCAAUGAGACAGAGAACACAGACAAUUAGUUUUUUCACGGUAAAAUUUUAUCUUCACACCAGGGGUCAAUAAAAUGUCCCUUCAGUCGAUAUUGUAAACAAACCUGACUCAACAGCUGAUAAUUUCCAGGAAUGUAGCUGAAUGAUAUGAAAGGUAGAUAAACUUUAUCUUUAAAAGCUCAAAGGUCUUUAGUGGAGAUCUGCUUGCAUCAUUUAAACAACAAAUUAAACAUCCAUGAAAAUAUGAAAUUAGUCAAAAAUACCUUUCUAGUAGCAGUUAGAUUUCAUAAUUGCGAGGGUGUCUGCACUACAACUGAUAUUUUUGAUUGAUUCAUUUUUUCCAUUUAUUUUUCUGUAUCCAUAUGUUGUAGCAAAAUAACUACCUCUCCACUGGGUGGUGAGAAUGUCCACAUCAARAGCAUCUCAAUAUACAAACAAAGAGUUUUCUCAUCUUGAUUAAAGAUUUGCCCCCCAYACAA